GCCGUCAGCUGUUGCCCUUUAGAUACCCACCUAUUCCGAGCCCCGUCUUCCCUAAGAGGAAAUCCUUUUCCUCAUCACCUCAGCCAGGAGGUUUCUGCCCCUCCCUCACCGCCCCUUCGCCCUCCCGUCUUUGACCCCUACACACCCCUCCACCCGCGGCACUUUAUGCACACCUUUCAGGGGAACUGGCCGUAUUCUACUUGGGUGAUACUUAAUUUUGUUCAUGACUACUAGAUUGUAAGCUCCCUGGGGGCCAGGAUCUAUGCCUUUUGAAUUCUUGUUUUCCUAGCUUCUACCAGUGAGCCUUACCCAGAAGAAGGGUUUGUGUGCAAACUGUCUUGUCAAAUUAAUGAAUGAGUAAUUUUGUGAAUGUUGCUCAGAGUUAAGUAAUGGAAACAUUCAGGGCAAGGAUUUCUUUGCUUCUCUCCCCCUUCCCUCCCUCUGUGGCUCGCCUUGUGCUGCCGGAUGCUGGUGCAAACACGGCGAAUGUUGUGGUAAGGAAGAACUGAACUCAUACCGCCGUUCCUGCCUUCCUGACGCCAACAGUUUAAUGCGGACAACAGCUGUUAAUUAAAGCCUCCCUACACGGUGAAAGUAAAAUGAUAACCCAUUAGAUAACCGUGAUGAGGGCUUGAAAGAGAAAUACAUGCUUCUAUGAUAGUGUCAAUCAAGUGAUGACUGAGCUAAACAAUCCGAAGGAUCGGUGUUAACUGGGGGAACUGAAGAGGCUGACACAGUGAAGUACCUGCCUAAAGUGAGGCAUCAUGUGCCAUGGUCCUGUGGCUGGAGAGAGCCAGACCUGAAAACUGAAAGAGAUCAAAUAGAGUCCAGGUACCAGACUUUCCUCCUGUAUUUUUCAACGUGAAGUAGGAUCUUGCUACAAAACAAGUAGUCCUAAGAAAGCUUUUGAAUUUACCAGUGUAGAGAACACUGGCCCAGGAAGCAGCCAUGCCUGUGGAAGGAGGGAAAACAGACAUGGAGAGGAUCGGCCUCUUCAGUGAGAUGGAAUAUGUCACUGUCGGUGAUAAAUAUGUGUCACACUUUAAUCGACCCUUUAAUGAGGCUGCAAGCAAAAAUAGACAGAUACUACCUGGAGGAUCCAAAGAAAUGUCAAAUCUCCAGGCAGGUUAUUUUGACCCCCAUUUUGUAAGGAUUUUUGAAGGCGAAGGCUAUGUAAAUCUGAAUCAAGUGAGAAGACGGCGUAUGAUGGAAGAAGCCAAAAAAAAUCUAGGCAAAGCCUUCCUCCCUAGUAGUGGAGAUAAAAAGCCAUGUGGAUUAGGAAGCUACUAUGGAACAAUAGGUGGUCCAGUCUCAUUCUUCAGUGCACAGUCCAAACCCAGAGAAAAAUAUGAGGCACCUGGAAAAAAUUUAUACACAAAUCCAGGAAAGAAAGGAACUGGAUAUGGCUAUGCAAAUAUUACCAUUGGUAAACAAUAUUCACACUCUUCUGAUUUCUAUGAUGCACCAAAAUUAAAUUAUAAGAAAGAGAAUGAAAAACACCAUCGUUUACUUAAAGGGACACCUUUCAAGUUAAAUCUUUGCCCAAGGGAAUAUUUUGAUGCGAAUCCUUACUUGUCUGAGAAAUCUCUACCACCAAUUAGAAAAGCAGAGAAGAAAGAAUUACUUACACUCCCUUUUAAGCCCUCCUCUCCUGGUAAAAAGGCUGGUGGAAUGAAGGCAGGAACAUUUGAACCUUACCCUUCACAUUCUGCUGACCCUUACGUGGUUAAAUUGGCAAAGCAGGUUUCCAGCAAAAGUGUUAAGAUUUUCCAUCCACCAAAUGGACCAAAAAGCAGACCAAUUAAAAGUAUAAUGACUUUGCAUGUCGAAAGGACACUAAAUAUGAAGAAUUACAAGGCUGCUUCAGUACAGUCCUAUUAACAUCUGGAAGACAAGUAGCUUUCUAGAUCCUGACUACCAGUAAUUCAUUAUCAAGUGCUAAUUAUUUGAAAAAAUAUAAGAUACUGUGGAACAGAUAGCUAACUCAAGCAUUAAAAGAAA